AUGUUCGCUGUUUCCGCGUCUGCUAUUUUGUUUUCCGUCGUUGUGCAUGCUUUAGUGGAUAAAAUCGCGAAAUGUUUAAACCCGUUUCGUCAUGAACUAUUUGAAAAUCAAGAAUCAAAGCCAAAAUAUGUUCAGAGACAGCAUUUUAUUUGGCAAAACACGUGUGUAUCUUUUGUGCACGCCUUUGUAUCAGGGAUUUGGUCUUUAUCAACGUUUUACUUCGAACCCGACUUCCUAACCGAUUUGAUAAACCUGUCUACAUGGCGAUCUAUUUCUCUGGUAUCCUACUCUCUUGGUUACUUCAUUUUUGACUCUUUACAUAUGGCUAUCCUGCAUCCUUAUCGGUCUACGGCUGAGUUGUUGGUGCAUCACUUUGUCAUAUUUUUGUGCUUCUCAUCUGCAUUAUUAUCUGGCAACUAUAUUGGGUAUGCGGUUGUUUCGCUUCUUCCUGAAGUUAACUCAAUCUUCUUGCACUUGCGAAGGGCGAUGAACUACUUACAUGUGCCCAAAAGAAAUCCCAUCUUUCGUGCCAUUUGUUUGUUAAACAUUAGUUCAUUUAUUGUGUUCCGUUUCAUGGUAUUAUCUUGGAUGACUCGUUGGAUUGUCAUUAAUCGAGAUCGAGUUCCAUUCGGAUACUACUGCCUUGGCUCAGUUGGCCUUGCUGUGUUAAUGGUUAUGAAUAUUGUUCUGUUUAUCCGGGUUGUUUACUCUGAUUUUCUAACAAACAAUACAGUUUCCAGUGCAGCGUUGUUAGUUUCUGCAGCUGGCUCUAGUACAGGUGCACCUGGGAAACCUCAUCUGUCAGUGCAUUCAUCUUAUGUUUCUGCACAUUAAGAUGAUUCUGUCCUUUUAUUUUGUAUACCGUAUAUAUUUUUUAAUUCGACUUUUGAAGAAUCCUUUUUGUGAAACAUUAUGUAAAACAAUAUUUCAUCUUUUCGUCUGUAUAAAUAAGCAUUACAGUGUCUGUCAAUUAAAUUUGCGAAUUUAACCUGUACUUUUAUAAUUCUGUUUCAGUGUAAUAUUAAUCCUCAAUAUGACUCACUGUCUUAUCUGUGAUAUUACUUCAAUACUUCCCUAUCCUCUUUACUUUUUGAUUGUUCACCUAUGUGUCUACAAGUUUUAUGUAGUGCGUUUAUUCACUAACUUUGGUCAGUAGUUGCAGAGUUAGGAAUAAGAGUCCAUACUAUUUCAGGGGGAUUUAAUGUUAAUGUACUUUUUAUUUGUUUUGAUAUUUUCUAUAUUACAUAAUUUUAUGCUAGAAAUAAUUAAUAAACUUCUAAACCCAUUAUUCAGAUGAAUAAAUUUAUACAUAACCAACGUUCAUUUUGAUUUUUAAUUAAAUUAGUUAUAAUUCCCGAUGGCGUUGGUUAGAUUUGUCUGUUGUUCUAUCUAAACUUGCUAGGAUGUUAUAUCCUUGUGAUCUAAUUACCUUGUGAUGAUCGAAUAAUCAGUAGUAGGAUUCGAAUUAUGUAAUUAGUACACGUUUAAGAUUAUGUUAACGGAUGGUUGUUACCAUCUUCCUACCAAAACCUGGCACCCGGCAUCAGUCUAAAUUCCGAUACGUUAACAGAGGAGAGGAAUGAAAUUCAAUUCCAGUGGGAAUGUAAACACGAGAAGCUUAAUCGAAAAGAAGCAAAACUGAAUAAUGGAAACGUA